CCAAGUAAUAGUUUUCGACUUUUCCGAAAUUUCAGACCAAUCCCUAAACCUUAACUCUAAAAUUAUCGAAGCCUUCGGUCCUGAAGGAGUAGGCUUAUGUUUAAUAAAGAACGUCCCAGGUUACCCUUAAGCCCGUUUAAAAUUACUCCCAUUAGCCCAUAAACUAGCUCACCUUCCCUAAGAAAAACUUAAAGAAUUAACAAAACCUGAAUAUAUGCACGCUAUAGGUUGGAGUCAUGGUGUAGAAUAAUUUAAAGGGUAAUACGAUUUUUAAAAAGGUAGCUUUUACGCUAAUCCUUUAAGAGAUAUUCCUAUAGAAUUAACUGAAUAAUAAAAAAAAAACGGUGCCUUUUAUGGCCCUAAUGUAUGGCCUAAAGAUACUAUUCCGGAAUUGGAAACUGUAUUUAAGAAUAUGGGAAAAAUAAUAGUAGAAACAGGAUCUUUAUUGUCUCAUCAUAUCGAUAAAUAUGUAAAUAGUGUAUAAGCAAAUUACAAAAUAGGCACUUUGGAAGAUAUAGUAAAAAACGGACAAUAACCAUUGGCUAGACUACUUCAUUAUUUUGCUAGUAAUAAAUAAAAAAAUAUUGAUGACGACUGGUGUGGCUGGCAUAAUGACCAUGCAGCUUUAACUGGUUUAUGUGGUGCUAUAUAUACGGACUCAUAGGGUAAUAUAGUUGAAGAUUUUAGUGAUCCUGAAGGUGGAUUGUAUGCCAAAAACAGAUUUACGGAAAUACAAAGAAUUUAAAUCCCGGCUGAUUGCCUAGCUUUCUAAAUUGGGGAAACUGCAUAAAUUAUUACAGGAGGAUUUCUUGAAGCUACACCUCAUUGUGUUGUUAGAGGAUCUAAAAGUAUUAAUAGUGGUGUCUCGAGGAAUAGUUUUGCAAUGUUUAUGUAACCAGGACCGGAUUAUGUUUUAAAUGUACCAGAUGGAGUUAGUAUAGAUUAGGCAGUUGGGAGAGAAGCUUAUAAUGUACCGAAACUUAAAAAUAGAUGGGAAUAAGGGAUUUCGUAUUUGAAUUAUUCUUUUAAUUCUUUUAAGAGUUAUAGUUGAUUAUUUUUUGGUUUAAUUUGUAUGUAUUUUUGUCUUAUGUCUUUUUUGUUAUUAUUAUUUAAUUUAAUUUUUCAGUAAUUUA